GCGGAAGUGGAGGAGGCGCCGGAAGUAGCGGGCAUCCCAGACCGACCGACGGGCGGACAGACUUUGACAGGAGCCAAAGCUGCGGCGACGACUUGGUGGCCAUGGAGUUAGGCGAGCUGCUCUACAACAAGUCCGAGUACAUCGAGACGGCAUCUGGGAACAAAGUUAGUCGCCAGUCAGUGUUGUGUGGCAGUCAGAACAUCGUUCUCAACGGCAAGACCAUUGUGAUGAAUGACUGUAUUAUCCGAGGGGAUCUGGCAAAUGUAAGAGUUGGACGUCAUUGUGUUGUGAAAAGUCGGAGUGUCAUAAGGCCACCGUUCAAGAAAUUCAGCAAAGGUGUGGCAUUCUUCCCUUUACAUAUCGGGGACCAUGUCUUCAUUGAGGAAGAUUGUGUGGUCAACGCAGCUCAGAUCGGCUCUUACGUGCACGUGGGCAAGAACUGUGUGAUAGGGCGCCGGUGCGUGUUGAAAGACUGCUGCAAAAUUCUUGACAACACAGUAUUACCCCCGGAGACUGUGGUCCCCCCGUUCACCGUCUUCUCUGGCUGCCCAGGACUCUUCUCAGGGGAGCUCCCAGAAUGCACCCAGGAGCUGAUGAUUGACGUCACCAAGAGCUACUACCAGAAGUUCUUGCCCUUGACACAGGUCUGAUGUCUGCCUCGCGUGGGGCAUUCGCUUGGGCUCUCAGAUGAGCUGGGGCGGUGCGUCAGUCGGCAUCUGCGAAGAGCUUUUGUGUCUUUGACACCUUCCACCCCUCCUUUUCGGUUGUUCUUGGGUUUUUUUAAUUCUUUAGAAUUUCUCAGCCCUCCGUGGCUUGAAGCUCUUAAGACUUUAAUAAUAGAAUGUCCGGAGGAGUUGUCUCCAAAUGCUGUGCUUAAAGUGUAUCUAUUAACAGUCGCUCAUGCCAUUAUCUGUGGGACAGGCUCCUCUGCCCCCCUGCACUCCUACCCUGGGCGCUGGGUGGGCGCUGGGCCCUGCCUGGCACACGCUGAGAGCUCUGUCGCAGCACAGAGGGUGUGGGGGGGGCAGGGGUGCUGCUCGGCGUCGUACGCUCCCCAGCCCCACGGGCCAGUUCCAGCUUCCUGCUGCGUCGUCACAACUUCUCAUCAUCUUGAAAACAAAAGUGUGUGGCUUUCCAGAGCGCAGAGUGCUGUUGGCUACAGAAGCCUGAAGGAUGGGUGCUUAGCGUUCCUUCCCUGAUGACCUUAACUGUCUUCUAACUGAGGGUGACUUUCUAGCGUUCUGUUCCAGGGCCUUUAGUUUUCACUAAUAGGGUGGCCGGCAGCACCCGGAUUUUAGCUUUGCAAAGUCCGGGUUCGAAGUCCCAUGUGGAUGGACCGCUCUGGCAGCCGCUCCUGGCCUCGCGUUUGGGGGCAGCAGUUCACGGCUUCGACAAAGACGCAGCAUUGGCGAACCUUGUCCCCUGGCCUGGAGCCAGUCACCUCCCCCUGCAUCUGCCGGAACCUGCAUGUCAGACCGAAAUGCCGACUUGGGCCCAGUCACGUGCACAUGCGGGGGCCUCUUACAGUCGCUCUGUGGGCACCGCACCCCGAGCCCCAAGUAAGUGAGGCUGCGAGUGCCGUUGGCAUCACCUUCUGUUGAUGGCACAACCCUGCCGGCUCUGCUCUGACCUCUCGGUUUAGACGAUGGACAUGGACGUGCAGGCCCGAGGACGGCGGCCUGGCUCCGCUCCGACUCUCCUGCCACGGGGGGGACAGCUCAGCCUGGAAGCCGGAUCUUGGCUCAGUAUCCGGUUGUGGGGUUUGCAGAAUUGGCUAACGGAAUGAUCGCCACUCAUUCGAUGUAAAACUGGUUCCUGGUUUGUCAGUUUUUUUAUGUUUGUACAUUAAAAGAUUGAUACAUGAACCGAGUCAUUUGAAGGUGAUAGCUGUCCCCCUCCAGUGAUGGCUUCCUGUGUCUCCCGGGCACUUUGCUCCGUGCCCGGUGCCCGCUGCAGGCUUUUCAAUCACUGGCCCGCUCCUGGCUCACACCAACCCUGUCAGGUGGUUGUUGCUCCAUUUACAGGGGAGAAUGUUAGGUACUGGGGUACAGGGGCUGCCCCAGGUCUGGUUCCACUGCCCAGGCCCUCAGCUCUGCCCUGGUGAGACGGGACACGCCUGCCCCUGGAGCACACCUGCUCUGCGUCCUGUGCGACACGAGCAGUUUGUGAUGGGUGCAGGUUCUUCAGCCAUUUCCCGGCCUCUCCGCCAGCUCCUUUCCCCUUUCGUGCCACCAAAAAGGUGAAUCUUGGGGCUGGCAGAGCUCAGGUGCCCCCUAGGCUGACGGAACACCCUUUUGCUCCCUAGAGAAAUCUUCCAGGUGAUGCAACACAUCACCGUCCCGUCUGUGUGUGAAUACCUCGCCGCUUUAUGUGACUAACUGUCCAUUCUCUUUUCAAUUUUACUUUUGCAGUUUUAUUGAGAUAUAAUUGACAUAUAAUUGACUAUCCAAUUUGUUGGUGAACAACCCAAAUUAAGAGAAAGUGGUGUGGGCCGGCCCAGUGGUUCAGGCAGUUGGAGCUCCGUGCUCCUAACUCCGAAGGCGGUUCGAUUCCCACAUGGGCCAGUGGGCUCUCAACCACAAGGUUGCCAGUUCAAUUCCUCGAGUCCCGCA